GUGUUUUCCUUCCCUAAGCACAAGGCAAGAAGCUGGGAAAGACCCGGUAUCAUGGGGCGUAGAGAUUGCAAACCCCAAACCCACGUACAAGAGGAGAUGCGAGUCAACCAAACAGACAAACGGAAACGCCGGCUCUUGCUUGAGUGACGGGAAAGGCAACCAAUCCAAAGGCGAGUUCUCGUUCCAAAAAUCGCCGGCAGCCAAUAGCAUCAAUGCAUCAGGUUUGGUUGUCCUCUAGCCGCUGUGACUGAGCCUGUUGUAGUGAGACAGAGUGGCCAGUGCGGGCGGCGAUGUGACGGAAAGUUGGUUUGUUCUUCAUAGCGGCUACCGUGGCCACCGGAGCUAGUUCCAGGCGGGCAUCAGAGAGACCGAGUCUCCCAGGGAAACUGCUUGGUCUAUUGGGCGCCUCCUGUUAUACUUUCGCCGCUGAUAAGGGGCGCUCUGAAUGCCAGCCAUGAUCGAGAAGGGGGCAGAAGUAUCGGCCAAGAGAAAGGGCAGGAAUAACGCUGCCAACAGCAAAAGUUUGGGCCCGAAUGUGAAUGGCAGUAACUCGUGGGAGGAAGGCAGCUCGAGCUCCUCAAGCGAUGAGGAACAGGGUGGUGGGGGCAUGCGGGUCGGCCUGCAGUUCCAAGCAGUAGUUCCUGAAUUUGACCAGGAAGUUGCCAAGAACUGCCAGGAACAAGAGCAUCUUGGCAUGUUGGUGUGGACCCCAAAUCAGAAUAUAUCUGAAGCCAAAUUGGAUGAGUAUAUUUCAGUUGCUAAAGAGAAGCAUGGCUACAACAUGGAGCAGGCUCUUGGCAUGCUGUUUUGGCAUAAGCACAAUAUUGAAAAAUCCUUGGCAGAUUUACCCAACUUUACCCCAUUCCCAGAUGAAUGGACUGUGGAAGACAAGGUUUUAUUUGAGCAGGCUUUCAGCUUCCAUGGGAAAACGUUUCACCGGAUCCAGCAAAUGCUCCCCGAUAAAUCGAUUGCAAGUCUUGUGAAGUUCUACUAUUCAUGGAAAAAGACCAGGUCUAAAACUAGCGUGAUGGAUCGACAUGCUCGCAAACAAAAAAGAGAACGGGAAGGAAGUGGUGAUGAAAUAGAGGAAGCCGCUGUUGCUAAUCCAGUGGAUAUUGUGAUUGAACAGCCAAAAGAAGCAAAGAAAGAGGUUCCAGAAAACGACACGGUUAUUCAUAUAAAAAAAGAGAAGCAUCAUCCAUCACAAGCAAAGAACCGUGCAAAGAGACAUCCUCCAAAAGGCAUGUUCCUUUCCCAAGAAGACGUCGCAGCUGUAUCGGCUAAUGCAAAUGCUGCAACUACUGUUCUCAGACAGCUAGAUAUGGAACUGGUUUCAAUAAAGAGACAGAUUCAAAAUAUCAAGCAGACCAAUAGCGCCCUCAAGGAAAAACUUCAGGGGGGAAUAGAGGAAUGCAGAAUUCAAGAGGUCAGUCAGAAGUUUAAUGCUCGUUGGACAACAGAGGAGCAACUUUUAGCUGUGCAAGCGAUCCGAAUGUAUGGACGUGAUUUUCAAGCUAUCUCAGAUGUUAUUGGAAAUAAAUCUGUGGUGCAAGUAAAAAACUUCUUUGUGAAUUACCGGCGCCGCUUCAACAUAGAUCAAGUUUUACAAGAGUGGGAGGCGGAACACGGGACAACCGAGGAAAAUGGAGACUGUACCCUGAAAGAUGUAAAGAUACCAGAGACUGCUAUUAAAAUGUCAGAUGAGGAAGAAGAGGCUUCACCUCUUGACAUCAGAUACCCCUCCGCAUCAUGAGGAAAACCAAGAACUUUUAGUGCUGACUACUUAGGUUUCCCAGGUUAUCAGGUAUUCUCAAACCUCAGACAGCCGCCUGCAUCAUGCUUGUGGACAAGCAGCUAUUUACCAAAAAAGGCAAAUACUUCCAGCCCUACUGUACAUCUGCCUUAAUCCUGUCCAAUAUCCACACUCUUCAUUCUCAUCCAUGAAGCCAGAGAUGGAUUUCAACCCUGAGCAUCUCCAUGGUCUGGAGCACGAUGACCUGAAGCCUGUAAAUAACUCUUAUGCCUCUGCAGCUGCCAGUGAUAAAGCUGUAAUUGAUGCUGUAUGCAUGAACUUGUGAAUUUCCCUUUUUUUUUUUUUUUUUUUUUUGCUUUGAAUGUUGCAUAAUUAGUUUAGCAUUAAGAACUUCUUGUACAUGGAGGGCACCCCUCUUUUCCCCUCUCAUCUUAUAAGGGGCUCCUUUUGCCUAGAAGAUGCAUUAGAGCUCACUCUAUUAAAAUCACCAGACAUCGUGUCUCUCUACAUGCAGAAUUUGUGCAAAAGGCAGUUAUUUUGUGUGUACUGGAAUCAGUUAUUUGAGUGAGCUCUAAUUCUUGUACAUGGAGGGCACCCCUCUUUUCUCCUCUCUCCGACCGUACACAGUAGAACGUGCAACUGAAAACUUGAGUUUUGGCGGAUCGACUCACUCAAAAAUUAGCAUUCUGGGAUUUCUUUUCAAUUGUAUCAAUUCACUAUACCUGCUUUUCAUGUUUCUUGUUUCUGUGGCUCCUCAUCUUCCCAUCUUUUUGCCUGUGUUCGUAAAGUAAAAAUUGCAAAGUCUUUAUUAAGAAAUAAAUUACCGAAACUCCGCUUACGCUCCUCUUCAUAAAGCGAUCGGACAAUCCAUCGUGCGACGCUUGAUUUCUCCUCCCUGGCUAUCUCCUAUAAGGAAGGCAGGGAGGAGAAAUCCAGCACCGCAAGAUGGAUCACCGAUAGUCUUUACUGAAGAGGAGCGCAAGCGUAGUUUAUGUAAGUUAUUUCAUAAUAAAGACUUAUCAUGUGUAGGUGUCUUUUUUUCGUAGCAUACUAACGAAUUUUUUUUUUUACAUUUCUUUUGCUGUUGUUGGUCCUUUAACCAUUUGCCUAUGAAAUUUUUGUAUUUUGAUGUAUUCAAGCAUAAUCGUCUUCCUAGAAUUGAUUAGCAGGAAUGUCCUCGACUGCCACAAACACAUAAUACAAAAUCUUAUCCUGUGCAAGAUACAGGAGCAAUGUUCUAGGUCCAUGCAUGGCCAACCUGCAAACCUUCAGCUAUUGAAUUAUAACACUCUCGUCCUCCGCUGAAGAUAGAGUU